AUGAAAAAUCAUCAGUCCCGGCCCACUGGUUCCAGUCCAUUCCCUGAAGCGAAUGUGACAUUUUCUGAACGAGGCCGAGGACGUGGUAGAGGCCGUGGAUGUGGUCGCGGUCAUGAAAGUCAACGCGGUCGAUAUACCCCUUACAAUCACCGCAGUUUUGACAUUAACAUGAAGCAGAGUAAACCCCAAUAUGAGGAUAUAACCGAAAAGGCUAAACAACGAAAAAGGAAAAUCGACAUUGGUAAUCGGUGUGGCAUUGAAGGCCAUUGGGUCAAUACCUGCAGAACAACCAAACAGCUAGCCCAUUUUUAUCAAGCCUCACUGCAGAAAAUGGGGGAAAAGGUUGAGACUAAUCACGUUGAUAACGAUGACGACCCUGAUGAUGAUCUUCUGGAUUACGACACAACCCAUCUUGAUAUAACGGAUUUUGUCGUAGAUCUAGCAAAUCUCUGGUGA